AUGCGACGUGACGAGUACACGGUCGCGCCGUCGGUGCCAGCACCGUCGCGACGCGUCUACGCGUCCACUACGACAGCUGACGGCAGAGCGUCAUCGUCCGAGCCGCGGCGGUCGUCGACCAUUUGCACCGACGCCCUCGUCGACCGCACCGCGUCCGGCAAACUCGCGGCACCCACGGCACCGGGCAUUGCGCCGCCGAGGCGACGACAGCCCGUGACGCGACCCAGCGUCGGUCAGCGGCUUCUUGCGUCCGUGCACAAGGCGACGGUUCAGCGCACGUUGACGGCGGCGUUCAGCACCCGGCGCUGCAACCCCAAUGUGCUCCGCCAGACAAUCGAGGAGCUCGAGCGAGGGCUGCAGUACAAAUACGUUUUGCAUCCGCUAUCGAAUGCGAAAACGACGUUGGACCUCAUCUCGGUGGCCCUUGUCGUCGUCUACUGCUGGCUCGCGCCGCUCGAGAUGAGUUUUGAUUGGUGGCAUCCGCCCGACGGAGUGACUUACUUUAUGCUCUUCCUGGACGCGUGGUUCAUCUUGGACAUGCUGCUGCGGUUCCGGACCGGCCUCGUCGACUGCGGCGUCAUCAUCAUGAACCCGCGCAUCAUCACGACUCACUAUAUUCGGUCGUAUUGGUUUUACGUCGACGCGUUCUCGUCCUUCCCGCUCGAGUUCUUCAUGCCAAGCGACACCGCCACAAGUGCAUCGACGCGCCACUCGGUCAAACUCAUGAAGUACUUCAAAAUUCCAAAGCUUUUGCGCCUCGGGCGGCUCCUCAAGAACGUCCAUCGGUACCGCGGCUACGGCGGCAUCGUCACUGUGUUUGGUGCGCUCUUUUUCGUUGCACACUGCGCUGCCUGCAUUUGGGUGCUGCUCGUCGGUCCGUGCCCGGACGGAUCGACGGACAAACUGUGUGCAAACGACCAAGUCAUGAGUGUGUACUUGCUCGCGUUCCACGUCGCGCAGUCGGCCCUUCUCGGCGGCAACCUUCAGGCGCUCGUCAACAACGACACGGUCGUCGACGGCGCCUACCGCACGGGCACAACGCCUCUCUCCUUGUACGUGUGGGCGGUCGUCAUGCAGCCGCUCAGUGCGGUCUUUAUGGCGCUCAUUUUCGGCAACAUCAUCCACCUCGUGCAGAGUGUCAACCGCACUGGCAAUGCGUUUCGCAAAAAGAUGGACCAAGUGCACCACGAGAUGGACUCGCUGAACUUGCCCAAGCACCUUCGCCAACGCGUGUCGUCGUACUACGACUACCUCUGGCUCAACAAUCGAAACCUCUCGGAGAACAUGACUCUGCUGUCUGACGAAGGCAUGUCGCUGGUCCUGCGCCGCCAGAUCGCCAUCUACCUCUACAAGGAACAGCUCUUGAAGAUCCCGUUCUUCCAGCACGCGACAGACGACGUGCUUGGCAUGAUCUGUAUGCUUCUGCGUCAAGUGGUCUACAUGUCGGGCGACUACAUCUUCCAAGAGGGUGACAUUGGGAAGGAGCUCUACAUGGUCGUGAAAGGCUGUGUUGAGGUGCUGCCGUCCGCGUACCCGGAUCCGUUGACCGCCGACGCCCACACCCGCCUGCCGCACCAGGAGACGGUGCUCCUGGGCGACGGCGAUUUCUUUGGCGAAAUCGGUCUCGUCAUGGAGGUAUAUCGAACGCGCACCGUGCGGGCUGCGUCCAUGGCCGAACUCUGCAUUCUAACGAAAGAGGGAUUCAACAGUGUUCUGGGCGACUUUCCCGAGUUUGCCAUUGAGAUGAAAAACCUCGUGGUCAAGCGCAUUGCGCUACUGUACGGCCAGCACAACUUGUCGGCCGAGACGCUUGCACGCGUGACCGCCGUCGCAGAGCGCAACCUCCAGAAGCGCAUCAAUGCCUACGGGUCGUCGCGGCGCAAGAUUGAGCGCCAAGCAGAGCGCGCACUGGGUGGCCGCGAUAAACACAACUUGCAGCACCAGCUCCGAGGCUUCGUGGUGCCAACCAGCGGCGAAGGUGAGACCAAGACGUCCGACAAGAACAAGCAGGUCGACGACGACGACGUGUCGAGUGACGCGGAUGAGAAGCUCGUCGCCAACAAGGUCUGGACGAUCGCCAAGCAGCUCCAGACACUCAAGGCCGAAACGAAGCUGCAAAACGAGGCCCUCCAGCGCAGCAUGGAAAGCGUUGCUGCGACACUGUCUGCUAUGCAACGCCAGCUCGAAAUAUUGCAACCAGCUCCAAAGAGCUCUUCGGCGCUAGGAUAGCCGAGCGGUGUAGCUCUUGAUGGGGUACAAGUACCAUUAUAUUUUAGUUUGUUGUGUCG